CUUCGGAGGCAACUAGUAAUGAAAACACAGCUGUUGUCAAAGUACAAAAAUUAUAGUCACUUUGACCUUUCACACUGAGAGGAGUCAGAUCAUUUUAAUAAGGUGCUAGUGUGGUGUGAGUAUUGAUCUGUUUGUAUAUGGAAGAGGCAAACAAAGACAUGGAACAGCAUCCUAUAUUCAGCAAGGAUCCGGGCCAAUGGAUGGCUUUGGUUCACAAAGAAGUAUUGGUAACAUCUGAGACAGGAAGACAGCACCAGGGGUGGGUUUACACCAUAGACCCAGUUACACAGAGCAUUGCCCUGGCACAGUUUGAUGGGGCCACUAAGACCCUGCAAAACAUUGAGAUUGUACUGGGCCACGCUGUAAAGGAGAUGAGAGUUGUGAAUGAGAACACUGAAGAAUUUAGAGAAGCGCUAACUAACCUGUGCAAAUCUGUGUCAGAUAUGCCAGAGACACUGAGCCAAGAAACUCUAAAGAGGAGACAACUCAGUCUGAAAUCCUGGCUGGAGAAAAACCGUCUUCCAGUCAGAGUAACUGGUGAAUUGGAUGACACAUUGACAAUAGCUGAUGUAUUAGUUGUUCAACCUCCAUUUGGACCAGAAAACUGUAUUUGUACGAAUGAGAUCAUCUUGGGUAGAAUCCAGGGUCUUAUAAAAAACAUGCCAGCUGAUCAUGAACAGUGGUAGCAUAAGCAUGAAGAGAAUUCAAUUUAACAGAAAAGACGAACACUUCGGUACUGUGAAGUGUCAUAAAAUGAAAGUAUCUUAUUUGGCACGUGGUAAGUGUGUUAAGUGAAGAAACUAUUCUUGAAAGUGAUACCAAAAAAACCCUAUUACUUGUUUAGUGUAAAUUUUUUCGUUUAGACCAGUUCAAAAAUUUAAGUUGGAUCCUUUCAGUGAAACAUUUUGAUAUUUUUAUUUUUCACACAUUUGUCUUUUUUUUUUUUAAUCCUUAAUUCCACUCUUGUACUGUUGUGAUUUUUUACUGUAAACUUCAUACUUACUUACAAUCAGCAGUCAGAAGAAACAGAAAGAUAGAGGUGAUUGUGAUUUUAUAGCCAUUACUGUUUACAAUAUCUAGAUGUCAUCCUCUUAAUGUAACAGUUUUGCUGCCAGGCACAAUUUACACAUUCAUUUGCCUUUUCUGAUCAGAGCAAAUGUUGAAAAACAAAAAUUAAAACUUUAUGGACAAUGGCUGCUUGCUGCACUUCGUUGCUUUUGUUGGUGUAGUAAGAACAAGUUGAGGAACCUCUAUCCCUGUCCAUGGUCAUGCCAGGGAUGGGACUCUCCACUGUUUGGGAGCUGCAGGGUUAUUAUUUGGUAUGCAGGUACACAUUAGUACGAAACUGCGAUACAACCUACACUGCAUUGGUUACCAUGGCGACGAGAUAGUCUCCAAAUACAGGUGUACAUUCAUGUCAAAUUAUAUAAAGCGUAGAUUAUAGAUUUCCCCACUCUCACUGCUUGUUGAGUCUAAAUGACGAUAAGCUGUUGAUGCUCGUGUAUCUGCUUAUGAAGUUCGUUCAGGAACACUUGUCUUCCUAUCUGUACGUCAUAUGUCGGAAGUUGUCUGUAGCUUAUGAUUGGUACGCGGUAGUUUGCAUAGGGCACUCCGGUCACCUCCACCCAUGAAACGACUACAUGUAGCAUCAUAUAGGUGAAAAUUCUUGAGUAUGACAUUAAACACCAAUCCAAUAACUCAAGUAGAGUUUUGUAGCUGAAAUAUUAGCUUUUGGUGGAUGUCGUGGUAACCAGGUUGUCAUUAAGCCUUAUGUUUCUUUAUGCUCUAGUUGAAAUGUUCUCUGGGGGACUCGUUCAAAGCCUUGCAUUUCUCUAAUGAGUAUGUGUAUCUUUAUCGGACAACAUACAUUUGGUAGUCGGGCCUCUGGCCGAGUAGUUAGUGUAGCACAGCACAAUGACUUGAGAGGCUCUCACCUAUUCAAUUGCUGUGAUUUCAAGUCCAGCGUAUGCUGGCUUUCUGUCGGGUCGCACAUGGGAAGGUCUACCAACAUCCUGUGGAUGGUCGUGGGUUUCGCCAGGGCUCUCCCAGUUUGCUCGCACCAAAAUAUCUUGGAGUGUUUUUACUUGCGGCAUCUUCAAAGAGACCAAACCAAUCAAAUAUAUAUGGUGGUGUUGAUCCAAGAUCUGUUUCAUCCAUUCCAUGUGGAAGGAUAAGGUAAAAGUGAAACUAACAACAAGGCUAAUCUUCAGGCUAGUUGCUCACAUAAAUACUCUCCCAUUUUGUCCUAAAGAGAUCAAAACUUUACUUUAAACAUAUGUAAUAUGUUUAAAGUAAAGUUGUAAUAUCAAAUAAAUAUGUAAUAUCAGAGACAGAAAUCAUAAAUGUUUUU